ACCCUCGCCUAAUAUCUGGUUUUCAUUUAGCUAAUGUUCUUCCAUGUGAGGGAUACUGGGCUUGCUUGUUAAUUGGACAACGCCCCGCUCAUGCAUUUGAAAGCCUGACAAUGUCAUUUUGCUGGGCAUGCCCUUCCCUCUCAUAUGAUGAAGUGCAGUCAUCUCAUCCUCGCUAUGCAUGGUCAUGAUACAAUUUAGACUCCGCAUCCUAAAAACUUUAUCACCCGUUCUCAACAGCCUUCCUUGCCUCAACUGUUGGAUCAUUAGGUUGGUAUCUACGAACCCACGAGAUCCAACGGUUUUAAUACAAGUAAUCUAGAUCGGAAUGCCUUACCCGAAUAGUCAAUUAACAUAAAAAUUUAGGUUUGACUUGUUCUUUACUACUCAUAACAUGAACUGUUGACCCCUCAAAUGGGCUAGACUUUUUCACAAGUGGGAACCUAGAGAAAAGUUUCACUCUUCAAAUUCAACUAAAUGGAAAGAAAUCCGGAGGAAAUUGCUUUGCAUGUGUCCUGGCCACUCCUUCCUCAUCACUUCCUCAUUACCUUUACGAAAUGUCAGAAAACUGAAACUGGUCUCGGUCAAAGUCAAUGGUCAGAAUAGUUUUUUUGAUAUUAUACUUAGAAGAAUUAACCACAUCCAUCUCUUUCACACUUCAAUCUUCGGAGAAAGUGAAUAAGAAAAGAAUUUCUCCAUCCUCAGCAUGCCCCUCUGAACUCUAAACCUUCAUUCCACAUGACAUUAUGCACCCAUGAGAGCGUGAACUUACUCAAAUGGGUGACGCGGCCCCUCUCCUUCUCUCGUCCCCUUCGCACUCCAUCCUCGUCUUCGUCCUCAUCGUCGCAUGAGUUCGAAGGAGACGAAGAUGUCCACUGUACCGAAUGCCGCCGCUCUUUUAGCUGCGGAACCGUCCAAAAUUUAACUUAUCCUUUCUGGGGAGGCGAUUGACCCCAAUUCUGUGGACUCGAAGCAUUCAAGGUCGAGUGCUCUGAGGACGAGUACCCUAUCCUUGAGUACCAAGCGCAAAAGUACCGAGUCCUCAAGAUUGAUCAACAUCUUCGUUCGUGCUUGCGUGAGUUUAGGAAAUACUAGCAUGAUGGAUUCCACUCUCUUCCAUAUGAACCCCGCCGUUAAGAGCCUCAGCAUCUUCUAUGGAUGUCUGGACACGUUAAAGAACAAACACAACGAGUUCGAGUGCUUCUACAACGACUCCAGGAAGUCGGCUUUCUUCAUGGAUGACAUUUUCUGCCGCCUCCUUCCAGUCCAAAUGAAUCUCCAAAACUUCAUGUGUGGAGCUAAUUGUCGCCAAUCGGUCCUUGUCUUCAUCUUCACCAACUUAGUCUAUCAGGCUCUUUCGGAUGAUGCGCAAUACGAGGCCAAAAUGAAUAAUUGAGGCUCAUAGAUCAUGUUCAAACGAAUCUCCAAAAAUAUAUAUGCAUUUUUUGAAAGUUUUAGGACUAAAUUAGACAUUCCCGACAAGUUUGAGGACUUAAUUGUACUCUUUUAAAAUUUUAAAACUCAAUUGUACUUUCACGAUAAAUUUUAAGACUACCAAUGCACUUAUUCCUACCAAAUAUCAUCAGUCACAGUUAGAGAAACUCGUCCAGAUGAAGGUUAGCCUCAGUUUUUUAGGCUCCCAUCCCACUUCUGUUUCUAGUCUUAGGCGAUGGGCCUGCGCCUAUCUAGAACGCUGCUAACUAUUUCUUGAGGUCCUUAUGAAGUGUCCUCAAGUGAAUCGUGAACGAGAUCAGCAAAGCUCGUUUGAUUGGGCGGGGCUGCGUGUGGAAAUUGUUGUGUAGGAGUCCAACUCCUCCUAAGUCAAGUUUACAAUUAGCCAUCAGCUCAAGCUAAUUGGCUGGUUUCCACAUGCCUUCUUCUCCUCCUCCUUUUUAGCUUUUGUCGCGGGCGCCAAAGUCCUGAUCUUCGGAUGACUAAGUCAAGAGGUUCUCAUUUUAGUGCAUUGGCGUCAAGUCGUUCCCCAAAAGCAUCAUUGUUCUUAUCCCUCUUGCAUCCUCUUCCUUUUUACAUGUACCAUCCCUUGUUUUGCUCCACACACCAUCUCCCUUCGGAUGGAUCUUACCAUGUCGUGGUCCUCCCUCUCCUUGCUCUUCUUCAUCUCAGUCCAUAUUCACUUCCUGGUUCCAGCUUCUUGCGAAUUCCGGCCGUUCUUAGAUUACGAUCCUUUUGUUUGCGGAGAUCAACAACUCAGUUAUCCUUUCAAGCAUGUUACGCAACCAAGUUACUAUGGGUAUCCAGGCUACGAGCUCGACUGUGACGGAGAUAACUUUACCCUGUCCAUGGAGUCCCUAGAAUAUCGUGUGAUCCACAUAGAUAGGAGUGCAAAAAUCCUCAAGGUGGAGAGGUCGGAUUUAUCAGACGAUAUAUGUCUUCCAAAAUAUGUGGACACUGCUUUAAACUUCAGUCUCUUUGACUACGCUUCCCAGUACUUCAAUUUCACCUUAUUCUACGGUUGCAACUCAUCAUCGACCCCCCAACUUUAUGAUCGGUUCCCUUGUCCCCUGUCUAGAGAUGGCUACUUUGCUUUUGAUCCGUUCUGUGAAACAGUGCUACACAAGCUAUGCAACUUCAUUGUCCUUGUUCCAAUUUCACUAAGUGAAGCUCCAGGUCUACCAACACCACCACCGGAGGGCGGUGACCAUGGUACUACUGUUAUUGGUGCUACUAUUAGUGAGUUACUGAACAAAGGCUUUGAGAUCACCUGGAUUGCCGACACAACGCAGUGCGACAAUUGCACUGAAUCGGGGGGAAUAUGUGGGUAUAACUGGGAAAGGAAACGAUUCAAUUGCUUCUGUCUUAAUGGAGCCUAUUCACCGACCUGCAACGGAAAGCGAGUUUCGGGAAGCUUCCCUGCGAGUAUGUAUGCUUACUCUCACCUGUUAUGUGGUUUUUAAUUAGCUAAAGCUGUUCAGUGAGAUGGAUUGCUGGGCGUAACCAUCCCUUUGCUUGUCAAUUGGAAAACAACCCGCUCAUGCCCCUAGAGCCUCACAAUCUCAAUUUGCUGGGCAUACCCUUCCCUCUAAUGAAAUGCAGUCAUCGAUAAGGUUACAAUUUAGACUCCUAGUUUUAAAACUUCUGUCAUCCCAUCCUCUGCAACCUUUCUUGCCUUAAUCGUUUGAUCAUAAGGUCGGUAUCUGUGACCCCAAAGAUCCAACGAUUUAAAUACAUCGAGUGAAGAUCCAAAUUCACCGUAAACUUUCACACCAGGGAAGAGUAAUUCAAAUGGGAGUAGUGCAUUAGCCGAUAAGUCA